AUGGGCGACCAAGGUGCUGGUGGGGGUAUUGAGAGCCACAUGCCCACUCACAGGCGACAGGACUCCGGGGAGGAGCCGAUACCGACCGAGUCCGUACCAGAAACACGGAACCCGCCUCCCGAGCCCGACCAACAGGAACAGUACUCGCAGACGCUCCAAGAGCUGCCACGCGGCUCCCGAGAACUCGUCGAGGAUGGGGCCGGUGCCGCCGCGCCUGUGGUUGUUGGUGCUGCGCCAGGACUGUCUAGGAAUCCGUCGACGUGCUCGACCAGCUCACACGCCAAGCCGAACAGCGAGUACUUGACGGCUCAUACAAGUGAGCGCCGGCCGUCGCCGUUGUCUCGGAGUUCUACGAUUGCGUCAAACCGCCCGCUUGAACCUCCGGUCACCAAGGCGACGCUCAGCGAGCUUGACGUCAACAAGAUUAUCCACAACCCAAAACUGCGCCACGAUAUCAACUUCGACCCAGAACUGCACUUCCGGCCAAACCUAGAUGGCGAGAAGGGGAGGAAGAAGCAAGAGAAGGCAAACCAAUUCUGGAACGCUCUGUUGGAUCAGCUGAUGCAGUUUGUGACGGAUCGGGAUGGAUUCCACAGGAGUUACGGGAAAGAUGAGGACUGGUGCCUGCCGCUACUCUUGAGGGCGGUCAAGGAAAUAAUCCAAACUUUGGUACCACAGCGGGACCGGGAAUUCCUCAACGAGGGGCUCAAUGUCGACCUCUUAAUGCAGCAGUUCAACCGGGGAGUGGCCGAUCUGGAGAGGCUAGCGUCGUGGCUAUCCGGAGUUCUGAAACUCCACUGUGCCCCGAUGCGCGACGAAUGGGUCGACGAGAUGUACAACGAGCUGAGCAGUGGGAAUCGCAACAACGACAUGGCCGAGCUUGUCAAGGGGAUGCGGAGCCUGCUCAGCGUGCUGGAAGCGAUGAAACUAGAUGUCGCGAACCAUCAGAUCCGGUGUCUGCGUCCGGUGCUUAUCGAGGAUACGGUCCACUUCGAGCAGCGCUUCUUCAUGAAGAAGAUACAGGCGAGGAAAGUCGACAUCCGAGAGGCAAGGAUAUGGUACAGAGGAGCCCGCGAGUGUGCGGAGAGGUCGUACAUGGGCUCGGCCAUGCCCUACUUGCACGCGUUCGGCGAAACGGCCGUGUUCUUCGAGGCCCUUUCCAGACUGGUGCUGCCGUCGACCGAUACGACCAAGGUGCCGACGACAUUCCUGUUUGACGAGGAGCGCAUCAUCAAACUACGGUCCGACAUGUACGACAACAUCUGCCUCGAGAUUUGCAUGCUCAAAUACGAGGAUUUGGAACGGCUGUCGAAAUUAACCCAGCUCUACUCGAGGGUACCAGCAUACGUCCGCGAGAGUUCGACCUCGAGCGGGCGGUCGUCGGCCGAGUUCAACUUCAACGCGCCAACAACAACAUCACGUCCAUCCAGCCUCGCCCUUAGCGACCACGGGUCAAUCAACUCGUCUCCUCGGAACUCGGGUGGCCUGUUUGCCCAGCCUAUUUUGGAUCUCGCCGAGUCACGAUCCCGGUCAGCCAACCUCUACAGCUCCCUUGUAGCGCUGCUCCACACAGCGGCUCCUUCAAGCCGCCCGGCCCAGAGAUGGCAAUGCCUCGCCCAGUCUGUAGCCCCCCAGAUACUUCGCUACGUCAAUGCGCCCCAUUCCCUUCCAGGAUUUGAGGACCAACUCGUCGAGUGCCUGGGAGAUGUCCAGAAUGAGGUUUUCCGCGAGGUCGAGCUUCAAUUCCAGCAGCGGCUGCUUGCCGCACUUGCGAAGCGGGUCAAGGACUACAAGAGCCUUUCAGGAGUCGGACUUUUCUCGGUAGCCACCGGGGGUCGAGUCAAUGGGUCGGGCCGCGACAGAGAGCAGCGCGACGUCAGCUGGUUUGCAAGCCUUGACUCAUCGCGGCCGUUGGACCCGCGCGAGGAUGCCGGCAUCGAUGACAUGGCCACCCGCCUGGCACAUCUUGGAAUACUGCACUGGAGAGUAUGGUCGCAGCUGGCAUACGAAGGCGACGUCAACAUGGAUCUCGGUGGCUCACCUCAAAUGACGGGGAUAUGA